GGGGCUGGCAGCUGCUUCCUGAAUAAUUAUUCCUGUUCUGGAUCCAUCCUGACUCAUCCGUGCCCCCAUGGCCUGGGAUAGGCCACGUCCCGCCGUGCCUCAGUUUCCCCACCUGGAAAUCAGGAGCCUGGCUACUCCAGCCUUGUGCUGGGGUGAUUUUUGGACUGGUUUGUACAGUCAGGAGCCUGGGUACUCCAGCCUUGUGCUGGGGUGAUUUUUGGACUGGUUUGUGCGUGGAUUUCUUGGCUCCUGCUGAUCCCAGUGCUUGGGAUGGGGGGAAUUACACUGAUUUUCCAGCAAAGGCAUUGCUGCUUCAAGGAGCGUGUGGAUUUGUGCUUGAGGUGGACAGGAGGGAAAUGUUAUUCCUGAUUUUUGGGAUCAGAAGAUUGUGGGAUUGUGGGAGAAUUAGGGGCUGCUCAGGCUCGCAGUCAGGCUCCAGUGCCCAUUUCCCAGCAAAGGCUGGGUUUUUCCAGCCUUUGGAGUAAAGUGGAUGUGUCAGGAGUGACUUUAUUUAUUUAUCUUGUCCCAAACAAACCCUUGGCAUUGGGAAGAGCUGCUGCUUCUGCUGGAACCUGUCCAGGAUCCAGGUCUGGCACUGGCACUUGGUGAUCCCGGUGUCCUUUCCUCUCUCCUGCUCCCAGGAAGGAGCAGGAGCUGCCUCAGCUUCCAGGGAUCAGCUCUGCUCUGUCAAACACCUGCAGCAGCAGCAGCAGCGUGGGGAGGCUGGGGCUCCCCUCUCCCUGCCCUUCCCAGAGGAUAUUCCCGGGGUGCUGGCAGCCAGGGACCAGUGAUGGAAAUGCUGUUCCCAGUGGUGCCAUCACGGAGCUGGGGACCUUCCCAGCAGGAAUGGCACUGGGAGAUGCUCCCAGGGCAGGACUGGGAUGCACUGGGGAGGCUCAGGCUGCCCUGGCCCCACGCUGGGCACGGCUGUGCCCGCUCCAGGUGCUGCCUGGCUGGGUGAUGCCAGCUCCCUGCCAAGGCUUGCUGCUCUGGCCCGGAUCCGUGCUAAUUCAGCUGUUCUCACUUGAGAGCACCUGGCCUCUGUUCCUCCUCCUCCUCGCCAGCCUUUAGCCUGGAAGAUGGCGGGUGGCGUGGACGGCCCCAUAGGGAUCCCGUUCCCGGAUCACAGCAGCGACAUCCUCAGCAGCCUGAAUGAGCAGAGGAACAACGGGCUGCUGUGCGACGUGGUCAUCCUGGUGGAAGGCCAGGAGUUCCCCACCCACCGCUCCGUCCUGGCAGCGUGCAGCCAGUACUUCAAGAAGCUCUUCACCUCAGGGUUAGUGGUGGACCAGCAGAACGUGUAUGAGAUAGACUUUGUGAGUGCGGACGCCCUGUCGGCGCUGCUGGAGUUCGCCUACACCGCGACCCUCACCGUCAGCACUUCCAACGUCAACGACAUCCUCAACGCCGCCACGCUGCUGGAGAUCCCGGCCGUCAGGGAUGUCUGCACGGAUCUCCUGGAGAGGAAGAUUCUGGCCAAAAAUGACCAGAUGGAUACAGUAGAUCAAAUUGAUCAGAGGAACCAUCUCAGAGCAAAAGAGUACCUGGAGUUCUUCCAGAGCAACCCCGUGAACGGCCACCAAGGCAGCUUUCCGUGGACCAACCCAGAGUUGAGAGACCUUCAGAGACUGAACUUCCGAGGCCAAGAGGAGGAGGAGGAGUCGAACUGCAACGGCCUGGACUUCUACUCGCAAGCCACCCCAACCGAAAGACCAAAGGCAAGUGACUGUGACCCCGACAGCAACCCGGCCAUGUGGCUGGAGCGCGAGGACGAGGAGCCGGUCAGCGGCGGGAUGUUCUCCCCUUCCCAGAACGGACAUUACAGCAGCCGCGGCUUGGCCACCCCGGCAGAAGAGGAGGGGGGCACCCCCAGGGGCCCUCUGGACCCGCAGGAGGCCGGGGACUCGCCCAGCUUCAUCCCCACGGGCACGGAGACGGAGGAUGAUGCCAGGGAGGUGGAUGACCUGGCCGCCAGCGCCCUGCUCCAGCAGAUGAUCAACUCGGUGGGGCGGCAGCAGCUCGGCGACGACGACCGCAAGGACGAGGACGGGGUCAUGGAUUAUUACUUGAAAUAUUUUGGCAGUUCCAGCGAGGGCGACGUGUACCCGUCCUGGUCGCAGAAGGUGGAGAAGAAGAUCAGGGCAAAAGCAUUCCAGAAGUGCCCCAUCUGCGAGAAGGUGAUCCAGGGCGCCGGGAAGCUGCCGCGCCACAUCCGCACCCACACCGGGGAGAAGCCCUACGAGUGCAACAUCUGCAACGUCAGAUUCACCAGGCAGGACAAGCUGAAGGUGCACAUGCGGAAGCACACGGGGGAGAAGCCCUACCUGUGCCAGCAGUGCGGGGCCGCCUUCGCCCACAACUACGACUUGAAGAACCACAUGCGGGUGCACACGGGGCUGCGGCCGUACCAGUGCGACAGCUGCUGCAAGACUUUCGUCCGCUCCGACCACCUGCACAGGCACCUUAAAAAAGAUGGAUGCAACGGGAUCCCGUCACGGAGGGGCCGCAAGCCGCGGGUCAGGGAGGCCGGCGGGGCCAUGCCCCCCACGCCCACGGAGGACGGGAGCAUCCCGGCCCCCGAGCCCGAGGACACGGCCGCGGGCAGCGAGGAGCAGCAGCAGCAGCAGCAGCAGCAGCACUUUGAGGAGAAUUCCAAUAACGAAGCGCCGGGAUUGAAUGUAGCAGGAGGGUCGGAUGAGGGUAAUGAGCAAGGACUCUCCUAAACCAAAAAACAAAACACAAAAAACCAUAAAACCAACCCCAACCGAUGAAACGAUGAAACCUGAAAAAAAAAAAAAAACAAAACAAAGUCACAAAAUCUAGUUAGUACUUUUCCUCCGAUUUUUCUCUUUAAAAGAUGUUUCUCUCCCUUUUUUUUAAGGAAAAAACAAAAAAAAUGCUACAAAAAAAAGAAAAAAAAAAAAGAGAGAUAUUAUAUAUUAACGUUUUCCAAUCUUCCCAUCGUAAGCGGGGCUCUCCCCCGAGGAUCCCUCAUAGCCAAGGACCUUUUCUUGGAAAGGCAAGGACGCUAGGGAAGCACGAGGUGGGGAUGGAAAGUGGCUCUGUCGCAUGGAAAAGAGCUUCCAUGUAAAUCCAAAGCUUUAUUUUGUGUCCAAACACAUGUUUAAAAAAAAAAAAAAAAAAAAAAGAAAAGAAAAAAAAACUUAUUUCAGAGAGAGAUCUAUUUAAGAAAAAAAAAAAGGAAAAAAUAGAAAAAAAAAUAAGGAGUGGUAGGAGUUGGAAGGGCUGUGGCAGGGCGGGGUUUGGGAUUUGGGGGCCGGGGGCUCCUUCCCAGGAGAUCGGGGUCAGGAUUUGGGGUCUGUCCCCCCAGCCCCCCCCGAGUGCGAGGCUCAGUCGGGCAGCGAGGGCUCCGGGUGGGGAAAAAAUUGCUGGAAAUUGCUGGAAAAAUUGCCUAAAAAAAAAUUUUUUU